CGGGAGUGGCCAAUAUAGAGUGUUUGGAUCGCAAGACGUAGAUAAACAGUGGAUCUCCGAGGUUCGGAAGGGAAACGGAUUCACCAACACAAGGAUAGUGCCCAGGUUUAUUAUCGAGGGAUUGAAUUACCAGCCAUUCCAGCAACUGGCCAGCGGAGAAAAGGAGCUCAAGCGGUUCGUGGCGGAAAUAGUCAAGACGUGUAGGUAG